AUUAUUUUCACCUAUUUACGUCUAUAAAAGUGCACAUUUGAGAUGAAUUUAAAACAUUCAUCGCGCUUUAAACGAGAUGUCAAACUUCAGCGAUAAAAAUUGACAAAAAGUUAUUCCUUAUAAAGAGAAACGAAGCUUACACGGAGUUUACUAAAACAGUCAGCACUCUUCCGUAUUCAUGACUACGAUACGUCACACAACGAGAAACAUUCGCGGUUACCGAGGUAUCAUUACAUUCGAUCUUACGUAAAACAAUGAAACGCCACGGCGACGGAGUCCACGGAAAACUCAUCUGCGCCUGCGCGAAUAUGGAAAAAAAUAUAUAUUAUUCCUCACUACGAUCAGGUGAGAAAAUGGCACCUGGAGGUCAUAACGUACAAUUUUCAUAAUUUAACUUCCUGCCGUUCCCGUCGACAUUCCCAUCGAACGCGAGCAGUCAAUAGUCUUUCCAAACUCACCAAAUUGCCGUGAGCGAAUUUUCUCCAAUUACACACUACAAUUGGCGAUGUUUUGCGAAAACAUAGCAACAGUGAGAAGAUUCAGGACAGUCAGUUCGUUUUGCUGGCGGAGAAAAGAACAUAUCGACGUUAUUUUUUUCAAUAUGUUUCUAAGUCGGGAAAGGGUUGAUUCAUUAUCUACGAAUCAUUAUUACAGAAUAAAUCAGAUACUUCUCUCAACGCUCCAGCUGUGGCCAUAUCAACGAUCGAAGUACGCAGUGAUUAAUCACUUUAUCAGCUUGAUUAUAAUGAUGUCAUUCGUAUUUUUUCAGGUAUUCUAAGUACUUCCAUCCAAUGUUAUAUCUAAAUUCCACAUUGCAAAAAUCCUCUCAUCCCUCUCUUUAUAUAACAUUACUCGAUUUUUCAUUACUUCCUAUUUCUGUUUGGUUGUCGAAAACUUAACUGAAGAUUGCUAAUGUGUUAUGCUAUAGUAUAAAAUGUAUUAUAGGAAUUGCCUUACGUUUGUCAGCACUUGUGACUACACAUUAUAUCAUUACACUUUCUUCAAACACAUUCUACUGUAGUAUUUUUCAUUGAAAUUCGCGAAACUAUGCAAAAUGCAUUCAGUAGAGAAUAUACAGAUCUAUACAGAUUGAAACAUACUUGUCUAUACAGAUUGAAACAUACUUGUCGUUUUCAGUUGACAUCAUUCUUCACGUAUCAAUUGACCGUGGAUUUUCUCAUUAUGCUUCUAUCGUACGUUUUGCCGUCUACUGCAUGUAUUAUACAAUAUUACUCUUUUUACAGAAACCCUGACGCGGUAAGUUGGUCGUUAUAUCUUUUUGUUACUUGUCACUUAGCAUUCAGUUAUUACCUGAAAUAACCCGACACUAUAGGUGAGACAAAUUUUGAAAAAUAUCCACGACAGUUGGAGUGCCUUAAAAAAUGAAAUGGAGCGUGAUAUAAUGCAGAAAUACUCGUUUUCCGGACAACGUUGCACGAUAAUAUCAUUACUGCUCGUCAUCGGCUCCUUUAUUGUGUAUGGGUUUUUCCAAUUAUUGCCAAGUAUUCUCGACAUAAUCUUUCCAUUAAAUGAAACACGCCCAUUCCAGCCUUACGCUCUAACGGAAUAUUUCAUCGAUGAGAGAACAUAUUAUAAUCUACUCCUGUGCCACUGGCUAUUCGGCGUAUUUUUCAAUAGUUUUAUCUUAGUAGCUACAAUGACGUUACACCUUGUAUAUAUCGAACAUAUUUGUGGGAUAUGCAGUGUCGCCAAUUAUCGAAUUGAACAUUCAACCGACCAUUAUGCAUCGCAUAAUCUUCUGAAGAAGAAAGAUCACAUGACUGUUCAGAACAUAAGCGCUGCGGUAAAUUUGCAUCAAAAAGCUCUUAUGUACGGCACUUCUUUGUCAACUACUUUUGCGUUAGAUUUCUUCUUGAUGGUUGUAGUAGGUGUAUUAUCUUUGAGUUUAAAUCUAUUCCGACUGCUUAAUGCUAUAUCUAUGCAAAGGAAUAUGAAUGAAUUGUUUACGUCGAUAAUUUUGGUUAGCAUACAUUUUUUGAUCAUGUAUUUAAAUAAUUACUACGGACAAAAGCUUACAGAUCAUAACAAUAAAAUGUUCUACAAUACAUAUAAGAUUCGAUGGUAUACGGUUCCAGUGAGGAUACAAAAAUUAUUUCUAUUCAUCAUGACAAGAACCACAAAGACGUACGUUUUAAAUAUCGGCAACUUGAUCAUGGCUUCGAUAGAAGGUUUUAGUAAGCUUGCGAGUUUAUCGAUAUCUUAUUUCGCUGCAAUCUAUUCAUUGCAAUAAUAAGGAAGGAAUAACUAAAGUUUUUGUAAAUGUCAAAGUAAUACGCAGCUGAUUAUACAAAAUGAACAAAAUGUAUAUGUUGAAAAAGCACCGAUUAUUAUAACGUACGGGCGCAUGUCCUCCAUUUUACUUUGCAGAAAUUUAUUUCAUAUUAGUGGCAAAAAAAUUUGAUGAUGAAAUGAUAUGCGAUAUGAAAAGUUUAGCGUAUAAGUAUCCAUCGUAUUCGACAUUAUUUAUUAUAACGUUUAUUAU